GCAGCGGGCGAGGCAGCGGGCGAAGCUGGCACCGUGGCCGGCCUCAGUGAGAAGAAAAAUGACCUAAGCACCGUCCAGCCCUUGUGGUCAAGGGCAGGAGCAUGGAUAGAGCUGCCAGGAGGAUGGCUUUGCCUGGAAACUUACGGAGGCAGCCUGCAAGCAGAGGCCUUGUGUCCCAUUGCACCCACCAUCAUAUUGUUGUGUUCCUGCUGACCUUCUUCAGUUAUUCCCUGCUGCAUGCUUCCAGAAAGACAUUCAGUAAUGUCAAAGUCAGCAUUUCCAGCCAGUGGACUCCUUCCUGCCUCAACAGUACAGCCCCUGAGCUCCGGCCAUAUGAGCUCUGGAACAGCAGCCAUUUAUUUCCAAAUGCAGAAGAAGCAACGCUCUUCCUGGGGACACUGGACACUAUCUUUUUGUUUUCCUAUGCUGUGGGCCUCUUUGUCAGUGGCACAGUUGGGGAUCGCCUGAAUUUACGCUGGGUUCUGUCUUUUGGCAUGUGUUCCUCUGCUCUGGUGGUAUUCAUCUUUGGCACACUCACAGAAUGGUUACAUUUCUACAACAAGUGGUUGUACUGCUGUCUCUGGGUUGUAAAUGGCUUACUUCAGUCCACUGGUUGGCCCUGUGUGGUUGCUGUCAUGGGCAAUUGGUUUGGAAAAGCUGGGAGGGGUUUUGUGUUUGGACUCUGGAGUGCCUGUGCAUCUGUGGGAAAUAUCCUUGGGGCAUUCCUUGCCUCCUGUGUUCUCAAAUACGGCUAUGAAUAUGCUUUCUUGGUGACUGCCUCAGUACAGUUUGCUGGAGGAGUCAUUGUGUUCUUUGGGCUCCUGACAUCACCAAAGGAAGUGGGCCUCCCAGAACUUGGAGCAGAUGAAGAUGACAGGGUGGAGGAAGAUGCCAACAGACCAUUAAUGGGCGAUGAUGAUGCAGAUGAUGAUGACCGGAAUUACUCAAUUCAAGCAACUGACACAGACAGCCAGCCCCAGGCCAUUGGCUUUAUCCAGGCUUGUUGCCUUCCAGGUGUAGUACUGUACUCUUUAGCCUAUGCCUGCUUGAAAAUGGUGAAUUACUCCUUCUUCUUCUGGCUGCCCUUCUACCUGAGCAACAACUUUGGAUGGAAAGAAGCAGAAGCUGACCAGCUCUCAAUCUGGUAUGAUGUAGGAGGAAUCAUAGGUGGGACUAUCCAGGGCUUGAUUUCUGAUGUGCUGCAGAAGAGAGCCCCAGUGCUAGCAGUUAGCCUGCUCUUUGCUGUAGGCUCUCUCUUUGGAUACAGCCGUUCUCCUAACAGCAAGCCAAUCAAUGCUGUGAUCAUGGCCAUUACAGGAUUUUUCAUCGGAGGGCCUUCUAACAUGAUCAGUUCUGCAAUUUCUGCUGACCUGGGGCGCCAGGAUCUGGUGAAAGGCAGCAGUGAGGCUUUGGCAACAGUCACGGGGAUUGUGGAUGGAACAGGCAGUAUUGGUGCUGCAGUGGGCCAGUACCUAGUGUCUUUGAUCCAGGAGAAUCUGAAUUGGAUGUGGGUUUUCUAUUUCUUUAUUCUAAUGACGAGCUCCACAGUCCUGUUCAUUUCACCAUUAAUAGUGAAGGAGAUUAAACUGCUGCUGCAUGAGCGGCGCCUGCGAAUGCUGGCAGAGUGAAUUCUGCUUGCCUCUGGGAGGACUGUUGUGUAGACCUUUCAGCUGGGGCACUCUGGGAGACUUGUUUUAUACAUCCUCCAGGUUUGGACUAAUUCAGAAUGGGUCUGCAAGACUUGAUUGCCCUGCCUUUGUAAAGCUCAAUAUUGAAGUACCAAAUACCCGUCCUGAGACCACUUGCGUCAUGGAGCUGCUGACCUAAGCUAGACAAUCCAUGGGACUGGCAGGUUUUCCUAGCCUCCUAGUCUCUUUCAUGUCAGCAGUCACACUAGGGUCUUCUGUUGAGUGGUGUCAUUGCUAUACCCCUAUUUAUUUCUGGAUAUCCUGACCAAAGGUCAACUGUUUAUAACUGACAGUGGAGAAGCUGUCUUGCAGUGCAUUUUGUGCUCUGUUGUGCAGGUGAAAUCAUACAGUGCAUUUCAGGGGCAGUCUGAAGUGACGAUCACUUCAACUUUAAGAAAGGGCAAAACCAAUUACUUGGAAUUGGCACUGUCCAGUUGUUUUUAAAAAGCUGUCACUAAAUCUCUGCACAGACAGAUUAUCCCUAGUUAUUAACUGUCACAUAUUCCAGUAGGUCCACAUGGUGAAGUUACCUCCAUAUUUGUUUUUAACAUUUUUUAUUAAUGAUAUUACUAAUCUCUGGGAAAUGAGAUGUCAGUUUUUAGCUAUUUAAACAGACAAAUCGUGUGCAAUACUUUACUGUGAUCUCUCAGAAUAAGCCUUAAUAGAUCCUUUAUGUCUAAAGGAAUCUUGAAUGGCUUUAGGGAUCAGUAAUGGGACACAAAUACUUUCACUACUGCUUUGUUGUUUGAAUCUGAUCAAUACUGACCAAAAUAAGACUGCCGGGUGACCCUCUGAAGGAAGCUGGUGUCACUCAUUUUAUACUCUUUAGGCAGUUGUUCAUCUUUUACAUUAAAGACACUUAAGGGACCUGACUGCUCUUGGACAUGGGCUUCCAGACAGGGACUGAAGCCUGCUCAUGGAAUAGCAUCAGUGAGCAAGUGCUGUUGUCUUCCCCCAUGCUCCCAUGCCCGUGGCUUUGUAGGGCACCUCAAACUCCAGGGUUUUAAAGCUUGAAUUGUAUCUUGGAAGGAAAGGUAAAGCAGCACAAAAGACAUAUGACUACACCUAGUAUGGCGAUAUGUGAGUGUUCUGCAGCACUGUGCUGAGCAGGGUGACCAGCUUACAUUUCUGUUUGUUGAUGAUGUUAAUGGGAUCAUGGAGUAACUUCCCAACAAAUAGUCUUCUGCAUAUGCCUUAGGACGUUUCAUUGCAAUGGCUGUGCGCUAACCGGCGGAACUGAUCCAACGCUCAACGCUAGGCAGUGAUGCCGGGGUAGGGCUAGGGGACAGGAACAUCCUUGGAGCUGAAAAACUGAAACUUUUUAAAUGGGAAAGGUUGCCUUUUUAAAAUGCAGAGUGAUUUUUAUUUCAUUGUUUAAUUUUAUGAAUGUCAGUUUGUAAUCAUGUGUUGAUUGUAAUGAGUGGAACAUUAUUAGUGCCUUACGGUUUAGCUGUAUUGAACGGUUGCUUGGUGAUUGCUGCUUCGGCAGUUAUGGCUCUGUGCACAGUUUUGCUUACUGUGAAACUCAGUUGCUCCAUUUUUAUACUUC